AUGUACCGCCGGAGUAGCACCAAGGGGCUCCAUCGGCGCAAAUCAACAUCAUCAGUUCACAGCAAGCAUGAAUCCAUGGAUCCCGAGCUUGCCCGCCAGCAGGCAUAUAGAGCAGCAACGUUAGCAUUCGCCCGAGCCCAGGAGAGGAAGAGCGCUGAUGUGGGCCACAGCGGCGGCGGUCUCUCGAGAAACAACACCAGCAAAUCCAAGCAACUUGAUCGUCAUCCUCCUCAGCCGCCAUCAACACAGCAGGCCAAUACUAUGGAGGCCAAUACUACCGACAAUGCUGAGAGGCCGGUCAUCAGACGACAGCACAGUGUGCGUUUCGUUGGACCUACAGGUAUAUCGAGAAGUCAGUCACUUGGGACGAGAGCAGCGCAGAAUCCUGUUCAGAGGAAGUUGAGUAACGCAACGCUCAGACCGGUGGCCAUGACAACAGAUGCUCCGGUACCAGCGGCGUAUCGGCCUCCCAGUCGUUCGUCCUCCAUUGGCAAGGCUUCGAUGCGAGGUGGAACAGCUGAGCAGUAUGUCACUGGGGAUGCCUUUGACGAAUACUACACUCGCGAAGACGACGUUGCGUCAACGCCCUCCUCCUACCGCCGUAUCCGGCGAUCGAAGUCCAUGUUCAGCCCACUCAAAGCAGUUCCAGAUGUCUUCUACACGAACGGCACUCCCGAUAGACGAGACAGCUCGCACCCCCGAGCAGGAAACUCGCAGACGUCUUCCACCCAGCCAAAGCACUCUGCUCUUAGAGCUCCCAGGUCAAUGAGUUUUCUGCGAGGGAGGCGUGACCACACCCAAUCAGAACGGAACGACAACGCUGUCCAGCUCGCCCGGGAUCGGUUCUUUCGUGACGCCGAGCAGCAACGGCUCAGAGAGCAGCCUUCCUUUCUCUUUCGAUCGAAAAGCCAGGCACAAGAGAAACCGUUUCGAAAGUCCGUGCGUACUAGCAGCGCAAACAGCUAUGGAGGCCCUGUCGCUUCAGCAAAUCAAUCAAUCGCCGCGAGAGAUUCUGGGUUGAAGGAUGUCGCCCGUAAAGCAUCUCGAAACCUCAAAAAUAAAUUUAAGCGGGUCUUUGGCAGAAGCAGCAAAGAUGAUGAGCCUGUGACCGUCCCAAAUCAGCAAGUAGAUGCGAGAGAGACACAUGUGCGUCAAUACAACGGCGAUCAUCCCAGCGACGAGCAGGAGUUCUUCUCCAACAUUCCUCAUCCCGAUGAAGGAUCUCUUUCGCGUGUGGCAUCGAGGCAGCCAACUAUCCAUCCCGCCAAUUCUAGCCAACAACUUCGAUCGAAUGCUGGCAGCAUCAAGAGUAUCAAGAGUGUUGAGAGCGACGACAAGUCUCGAGUAACGAGCUGGAGUACAAGUGGGGCCAAUACAAUACCCAGUCAACCCGCGAAGUCUCUUUUGAGCAAAGAGCAGCUACAUCGGCUCUCUAUCAUCAAUGAAGUGGGAUCUCAUGUUCCUUCAUUAUCCUUCAGUCGUACAAGGAAGAACCAGCCUUCUGCGUACCCGUCCGUCGUCCACCGACCAAGCAAGAGAACCGGUGAUGAUCAGGCCCCAGGACCUGGUUAUGUCGACAGCGCCCGAGUUUACUCGGCACUGAUGAAGCGCAUUGACGAGAACAGCCCGACGUCCAAGCUGAAGGCUGCACAGAAGCCCAACUUUGAGAGUUUCUCCAUGUCAGUCCGUUGCGGAGAUCCGAAAGCCGACCGGACGCCAGUCACUAUCCGCCAGGUUCCUCCAAGUUCUCGCAAUACAAGCAACAGUGAAAGCGUGGACAUCCGUCCAGGGGAUCAAUCUCAGCUUUAUGAUGCUUAUAACCAUACUGGACCUUACACCCAGCAGUGGGUGACGGCUGAAAAUCUUCAAGUACACCGUCAUGUAGACGAUGUUUUCUCGCCGAAAGAUACCUUUAACAACAAGGAGAACGUCCCAAUCAGUCAGCCACAGAGUAAGAAUAUUCCAAAUACAACACCAGCAGGCCUGUCUCACCGGAGAGGCUCUAAAGCAUCCUUCCAUACUGUCCCCGACGCUGGUCGUACGCCACAAGAAAUCGCCAAGCAGAAUGAGCCGGUCAUCCAGCAUCCCAAGGGUAUUCGUGAGUCACGGUCGGCUUUCUUCGGUGGCGGUGGUAGCUACACCAUUCCUCGCACAGCAAGCCCAUUCCGACGUGCUAUGACCGAGAGCGACUACAAUCCUGUUGCCUUGUCUGGGAAUGUACCUCUUUCCCACCACUUUGCGGCUCCAAUGUUGAAUCCGCUCUACCUUGCACCAGAGAGCUCUACCUCCGCAGAGACCGUCAUCAAUGUCGCGCAGGGCCCCGACGAUGCAUAUAGCGAGAGUAUCUACUCGAGAACUACUAGCGGUCAGACCCCAGUGCCGGCGAAGAGGUCCAUCUCACUUGUUCUGCAACACGAUGUCCCAGACAUGCAAUUUUUCGGCGGAGCGGGUCCUGGAGAUGUUGUGAUCCUUGACCGAACCACAUAUCGCCCGACGAUGCCCAGUGGUGCUGGUCAUCGUGCCACCUCGUCUGCAGGGUCUAGUGAGUGGAAGAGAUGGAUGUCUUCGGAAGUUGCUAAGCUCGAAAGAGUCAAGGAGAAUACGAACACUUCAUAUGUCAACUAUGCGCUCCCGACCAUGCCCAAGUCAUUCCACAGAGGACACGUCCGAGAAGCUGCGCAGAUCAACGACGAUGACGACGACGAGAUGGAUUUUGCUUCGGUCGCUCCAAAGAAACUUGUUGCUGUCAAGCAGCCAUUGGGCGUCGUACAGCAACAGAGCUCAAACAUACCACCAGCUGCUCCCAUACUGAAGCCUAUUUUGAAGAAAAGAUCGACCAUCUCUCUCGUCGAACCGGUACCAGCCAUCCUCCCAACAAACACGAUUCUCAGUGCACCUCCGCCACCCCCUCCCCCUCCCCCACCUCCACUACCUCCCAUCUCACAACGCUCUCCAAUCCGCCAUAUGCAGUCCAAGUCCUCCCUCCGCUCCGUCAGCACAGUCAACACCGUUCGUACUGGCGGCACAGCUAGCUACAGCGCGCCAAAGGAAGCCAUUCAACUCUCGAGUAUGAGCGGUCGCAACUUGCUGCAUAAACGCAACCCCUCGCAGUCUACGCUGAGAAGUACGAGGAGCAGUAUCAAGAGUUUUGAGACGCCGGCGAAAUUGGUCAAGAGGCACGGACGUCCAGCAGGAACCGCGACUGCGCAGAGUAGUCCUGGCAGUGGACUGGUGGGUGCUGUAGAGCGGCAAUUUGGGAGUACGAGUACGAACUCGAGAUACAAAACACCGGGUCCUGGGACGGCGAGAUCUACAGGUGCGAGCGGUGGGAGCGGGGACGGUAAGGUGGAAGAGGAUAUCUAUGGCGUUGAGGGCACGGGGUUAAUGGGUCCGAAUGGGGACGGGAAGACAUGGAGUGUGAGUCAGAGCGGGAAUGAGAGGUUCAGUACUAGUGAGGGGGAGGCGCAAGCGAAGGGGAGUAAGCUGAUGGUUGAUAUGUUUCUGAGUUCGAGGAGGAGGAGGAUGAUUAGCGAGAGUGAGCAGGGUCGUGUCUUUCUUUGA